AUAGCAUGUAAAGCCUGUACCGAAGCUCAGGGUCCAGACUCAUAACAUCUCGGCCAGCUCUCUGACCUCUUUCUCACAUCUCGCUAUCGUCAAGACCGACCUCGUCCUCGUUACGACAUCUCCAACCUGUCACCGCACGAUUCCUUUGGAUCUCGUUAUCUUUCUUGAACAGUGAGCCUCUGCCGAGCCGCUGGAGACUAUCGUCUUCCUUUCGAGUCGAAGAUUAGACAAGGUUCUGCGGCUGACCCCGUUAACCCUGCAGUAGCGCUGGAUCAUCCGAACCAACCCUCAAUAUACGUCCACCAUCAUGCCUGGAGCUAAACGAAGAGCUUUGAAGAAGCUCCUUUCUCCUCACUCCGGACCGAAAGAGAGCCACCAGAGUUUCCCCACUGGCACUGAACAUUCCAACGUGGAUCCUAUCGCUGUUCCCACUCUCUCGCAUUCUCCGGUACAGAGCGUCGACGGUCUGGCAAGCACUACGACCAGCCUGCGAGACCUCAGCGUAUCACCCCUUCCUCCUUCAGCUGCGGACCAAGGCUCAGUGGAGCUUCAACUGGUAGACGAGAUGCAAAACAGAGAGAACGUCAUCGGGAGCGGUCAUGCCAGUCUGGCUUCUUCGCCUUCGAACACGUUGUCGCCCCCAGCAGCCACCCCUUCGUCAGGCGGAGGUUACACUGUGGACGACUUGUUGAACGCCGGGACGGAUGGGAAGGGAAAGAAGAAGAGUAGUAAACAGAGAUUCCUGGAACGAGAGGCGAGAAAAAAGGAAGAGCGUGCUGCUGCUGCGCCUCAGGUGGAUCCGGCCGAGUCGAGCCGGUUGGAGAGGGAGAAAGCCGAGGAAGCCGAUAUCAUCGGUCGGACAUGUCGAGAACUCGGUGUAGAGCUUCAUGAGAUCGACCCAGAUGGUCAUUGCAUGUACUCUGCCAUCGCAGAUCAACUUUACCUGCUCGGUCUCACCAAGCAGCCUUCAUACCAGAUCACCCGACAUGCCGCCUCGACGUAUCUCUUGGAGAACCCGGACUCGUUCAUGCCGUUCGUGCCCAGUAUCAUGGGUGAAGACAUGGCCGGUGCGGUAGAGGAAGGGGGUAGCGAGAAGGUUUACGCGGAGUACUGCAAGCGAGUAGAACAGAGUGGGGACUGGGGUGGCGAGAUCGAGAUCCAAGCUUUGUCGAGGUAUUACAACGUUCCUAUCCAUGUCAUUCAACGUGGCCCACCAUUCAUCAUCUCCCACGCACCGGGCGAGGCUGGAAACGGUACGUUGAGCUCGGAAGAGAGUCUAAAGCAGGGAAAUGUCGUCAGGAUCAGCUAUCACAGGCGGAUGUAUGGUCUGGGAGAGCACUACAACUCGCUGCGUCCUGCUCGUAGGCAUAGCGAUCCUGUAACCAACGGACACACACUCCCCGUCUCGUGAUGUUGCUGCGUUUCCCGAUGUAUAUGCAGCAGAUGACAUCUUCGAUCGCUCGCUGCUCUCACACGUCGUAUCGUGACCGUAGACUUUGCGUCGACCGUGCUCAGAUCUUGCUUUGACCUUCGGACAUCGCCUUGAACUGUACUUGUGUUGCAUGUGUCAUGUGUCAAGCAUAUGUUCCAUUCAGCAACAACAGUUAGCGUUCACACAGCGCAA